CCUUAUUCCCUUUUUCAACCCUCUUUCCCUUAACCGAUCAGCCGCAAAAAUACAAAACAUCUCUUCUUUGACAUUGAUGCUUCAAAAUGUUGGAUGCUGCCUUUUUCACUCUUCUUUCUCUAAGCUCAACUUGUCUCGGUUGGGAAUGGGAGAGCAGCGGAAAAUUGGAUCAAAACACUUGUCGCAGUGCAGACUCGGCUAUCAAAUACACGACGAUUUCUGGCUUCUUUCAACAAGAUGACCCAACUACUGACUCAGAGAGUUUCGACUAUGCUGAGACUAAUUAUGGCCUUAUCAACCGGUCGUAUUUGACUGACCAUGUAUUCGACCCUAAAGGAAUGAAAACGCAGUGGGAAAGGUUUGCUUAUUAUGUCGAUGCAUUGAAUCGGGACUGUGAUGGAAACACGCAAUAUAAAGUCUUGUUUAUGGCUCGCCAUGGUGAAGGCUAUCACAACGCCGCAGAGAGCUAUUAUGGCACACCGGCCUGGAACUGCUAUUGGGGUCCACUUGAAGGGAAUGGAACUACCAUAUGGAGGGAUGCUCAGUUGACUGAGGCGGGUAUAGCUCAAUGUACCAAGGCGAAUAACUUCUGGAAACGCGCGUUGGCUGUUGAGAAGAUUCCAGCGCCUCAGUCCUACUACAGCAGCCCCCUAAUUCGUUCAGCAACUACAGCAAAUCUUACCUUUAAUGGACUGGAAGUUCCAGUAGAUAGACCAUUCGCGCCCACGGUUAAAGAGUUUCUUCGCGAGGGCAUAUCCAUGCGCACCUGCGAUGAAAGGUCGAACAAAACAUACAUCAAAGCUCACCUUCCAGUAUUCAGUUUCGAGGAUGGGUUUGCCGAGGACGACGAGCUAUGGAAGGGUUAUGAAGGGGAAACUUCCGAGGCGCAGCUAAAGAGGACGAAGAUCGUCUUGGAUGAUAUCUUUAGCAAUGACGAUAGCACCUGGAUCAGUGUCACAAGCCACUCCGGCCAGAUCCGUGAAAAUCUUCAAGUAUUGGGCCACAUCGAAUUCAGCUUGUCCACCGGCCAAGCAAUUCCGGCGCUCGUCAAGGCUGUUACUCUCCGUGAGAUCGAGCCCAGUACUACUACCAUCAAGUCAUGGAUAGCCGAAGCUACGUGUAGCUCACCUCCGGUUACUAGCAUCUCAGGCCAAGGCUGCGUCUGCUCCAGCACCUCCGCUUCAUCAGCCGCGUCUACGGCCACAGCUGCCCUAACGUAAGGAUAUAAGUGUAGGGAAUCAUGCAGUCGAACCAGGAACAAGAACUGGAUAAUUAGUAUAAUAUUAGCAAGACAAGCGCUAGCAUUUCGUCUAUAUCCUAACGCGAUAGGCAUGUAACAGUCGUACCUAUACCACGACCAUUUUAUCCGGAUGCGACCCUCGG